UUGUAGGGCUUGAUUGAGUGUGUGUUAAUAAACGCGGGGCUGUUGUGUUCCCCUGCUGAUCGGUGGUUUCUGCGCUGGGCUCUCUGCAGGCUGAGGACGCAGUCCUGAAGAUUGAUGGAGGGCCAUGCUAUUCCAACAGCAGGCACUGCUGAGACAGAAGCUCUUGGUUCUGGGCAGCCUUGCGAUCGGAAGCGUCCUCUACCUCGUGGCCAGGGUUGGGACUCUGGACAGACUGCAGCCCAUUUGCCCCGUCGAGCACAGACCGCCCCCUGCUGAGCCGGAGCAGAUCCCACUCCGCACCCUGCAGUUUAAGCGUGGCCUGCUCCAUGAGCUGCGUACGGGCAACGCCACCACGGAGCAGGUCCGCCUGCACAGCCUGGUCCAGCAGCUGCCCCGGGCCAUCAUCAUCGGGGUCCGCAAAGGGGGCACCAGGGCUCUUCUGGAAAUGCUCAACCUGCAUCCGGCGGUGGUCAAGGCCUCACAGGAGAUCCACUUCUUUGACAAUGAGCAGAACUAUGCGCGGGGCAUGGACUGGUACCGGGGCAAGAUGCCCUUCUCCUUCCCUCACCAGAUCACCAUUGAAAAGAGCCCCGCCUACUUCAUCACCGAGGAGGUCCCGGAGCGCAUCUUCAAGAUGAACUCGUCCAUCAAGCUGCUGGUGAUCGUCCGCGAGCCCACCACCCGGGCCGUCUCCGACUACACCCAGGUGCUGGAGGGCAAGGAGCGCAAGAACAAAACCUACCACAGGUUUGAGAAGCUGGCCCUCGACGCUGGCACCUGCGAGGUCAACACCAAGUACAAGGCCGUGCGGACCAGCAUCUACACCAAACACCUGGAGCGCUGGCUGGAGUUCUUCCCCGUGGAGCAGUUCCACAUUGUGGACGGAGAUCGCCUCAUCUCGGACCCGCUGCCCGAGCUGCAGCUGGUGGAGCGCUUCCUCCAGCUCCCGCCCAGGAUCAGCCGCUACAACCUGUACUUCAACGCCACCAGGGGGUUCUACUGUCUGCGAUUCAACAUUGUCUUCAGCAAGUGCCUGGCAGGCAGCAAAGGCCGCAUCCACCCGGACGUGGACCCGUCAGUCGUGACUAAACUGCAGAAGUUCUUUCAUCCUUUCAAUCAGAAGUUCUACCAGAUCACCGGCAGGACGUUCGCCUGGCCGUGAUUCUGAGGACACUGAACUGCU